UGAAGCAGCGUUCUCGUGUUGCUAUUGCUUUUGAUCGUUUCUAGGGUUUUCUCUUCCUUUCUCUUUUAUACUGGUAGAUGAAGAAGAAGUCGGUCGAUGGACUGAGGCUUCUAGUUAGGGGGCAGUGAUGAGAUUGAAGAAAGUCAUGCACCACUCUGAUUGAUCAAAUCUGUGCUGAUAAAUCUUUCUUACCCAUUUUUUUUCUGAGCCCCUUUUCUUCUUUUCUUCUUUCCGCUUUCAUCACAUUUCCCUUCCUUUCUCUCUUUCUGUUUUCUUGUGGGUUAAGUUUCAGAAUUGUUUAUGUGAUUUCUUGAUUUGAUUUGAUUUUUUUUUUUCAUAUUCUUGAAAUUAAAAUGGAUUGAAUUGUUGAGAGAUGAAAAGGUAAAAGGAGCCAAGUGAUGGGGUCUUGUUUUCCAAAGAAGGCCAAAACCAUGAUGCGGACCGCAUAAAGCAAUGGCUUUGGCUUUUGCUUCUGGGGAUAAACUUUUGGUUUCUGAUGGUUUCCUCCUUUAGAAAUUUUCAGUUUUUUCAUUGCUCCAAUUUAUUUUUAUUUUCGUUUUAAAGGGGUGUUUUUUUUGUUUUUUUUUAUUUUUAUGUUUGCUUAUUUAAAUAAUUAAUAAAUAUUUAAAUUUAUGUUGAAGGGAAAUUAUAUCAGCUUCGCAUUCUUCCUAUAUUGAGGUUUUAUUAAUUAUCGUUUUCUUCUAUGUUGUUGUGUUAAAUGAUCUUUUUAAAUUUGAGGUAAAAGGCACCAUAGUCAUCCAAUUCAAAACCCAAACCCUUUGGAGAAGAAAUCCUCAAAUUUGGGGUGUAGAUUAAGCCCUUAUUUAAUUCUCAAAUCAUAGCCUAAAAAGAACUUUAAUCCCUAAAUCAUCACCAUAUUCAAAUCUCACACAUUAUUGAGAUGAUGAGGGGAAGGAAGUGGUCCCCCAAACUUAUUUAGGGUUUGUAUGAGGAAUGGCUCUAAGCUCCAAUGGGCCUUGUUGGUGGGUGCGACCCAAUGUUUAGUGGGUCAUUAUGGGCCAAUGUGUCGGGUUAAGCUAGUCUAUGUAAACCAAAUAGAUGACUCGGCCGUUGGCGAGAUCCAUGGGUCAUUCAUUUUGUUAAAAUUUUUAAUUUAAUUUUUUAAAUCAUUUUUAAUUUACUUUAAACAUCUUUAAUAAUUAUAUUUUUAAUUUUUUUAUAUUUAAUUUGUAUAAAAUUUGUUGAAAUAUUAACCUUCUAUUUUUAAAAAUAAUAAAAAAUUUACAUUUGAAUUUGUAAAAAGUAAAAAUUAUUAUUUGAGCAGGUGAAGUGGGCUAGCAAGACAGGCAACACAACAAGCCGACAUAAUGGCAUACUGAAAAGCGUGAAUGGAAUAUAAGACUGAAAAUUUAUGUCAUACUGAAAAGCGUGAAUGGAAUAUAAGACUGAAAAUUAUGAAACAAACAACGUUUGAAUGAAAGAUACUCAUGUGGGUGCAUUUGGGAUUUGAAUUAUAUACAUAUAUGAUAAGAUUAUAUAAGAUUUUUUUUACUAGGGGAUUGAGCCAAACAAAAGAGUAGUGGAUCCCUCAACAUACUUGUCUUUGUAGUCGAUUUUCAAGGAUGGCACAAAAUCAUUUCAUUACAUUAUUUAGAAUAUUAAAUCUAAGUGAAAUCAUUAUUAAAUUCUAAAACAUCUCAUGUUGCUUCAUUUCUUAUACAACCUUUAUUUUCCCCACGGGUUUCUUAUCUUUUCUAAAACAUCUUAUAUUUUCAUAUUUUUAUAUCUAUAUUGCAAGUCAUCUCGUAUCUCAAUCUACUAUAGUUUUCGUAUUUUCAUGUCAUAAUUAUUUUCUCAAAUACUUAAAAUACUUGUAAAAAUAUUUCUAAUAACUUUUCUCAAUUUACAAUACAAUUGGCACUUUCUAGUAGCUUUCCUAAAUUUGUAGGAAAUUCAACACAACUUGGCUCUAUCAAUGCAACUUAUCUGAACAUUGUGUGACUGAUAAAUGGAUAGGUGGAUAAUGGAAAGUACCGAGGCAAAUCUCGCCCGGUCCCGUCUCCACCACCACACCCCAGAAGAUAAGAAAGGAAAAAAAAAAAAUUAAAUCCCAACCAUUAGAAACGUAUGUGUUCAAAUUGUUUACAUGUUGAUGUUAAGUUUCAUGUCUUACAAAGCCGUAUCCAAAUUGUUUUCCUGGUAAUAAUAAUAGGAGGGAGACUAAGACUAUUCUUCAUGAUGUGAGGGAUUUUGGCUCUAUAUAACUUCUCCUUUGUCCAUGGAGAUUAAUAAUGUGAGAUCAGUAGCCAAUCUGUAGUGCCAGGAAAAUGGCAUCUUCGGUUGGUGAGGGUGACAAAUAUCGGUAUCAUUUGGAUGGAGAGGAGGAGAACACUGAAUGGAGAUAUGGGGCUCCUCCUAACUAUGAGGUUGUGCACAAGCUCUUUGAAGAAGGCAGGACUAAGAUAUGGCCUGCUGGGUCACUCGAAGAAAAAGUGCAGAAUCUUGUGAAGACAUGGGAAAUGGAGAUGUUCCAUAAGGUCAAUUUGGAUGACUACAAAACGACUGAUCCCAAAAAAUAUACUUUCAGCCUGAAUGGGAGGGAACCUAUGAACUAUGAAGAGAUCAUGAAAAAUGGAGGCUAUAAUCCACUGCUACAAACCUCCUUGCCUGAGAAGCUCCGGGUCUAUAACCCAGCUGAUGAAACUGCACAGUCAGCUCACCUGGCUUUCACCACAACCUUUCCACGAGGUUUUGCACUGGAGAUUCUCCAUGUCUAUUCUGGGCCACCGGUGAUUGUCUACAAAUUUAGGCACUGGGGCUUCAUGGAGGGUCCUUUUAAAGGACAUGCACCCACUGGAGAAAUGGUAGAAUUCUUUGGGAUGGCAGUCUUUGAGUUGGAUGAACAUAUGAAAAUUGUUAAGGUGGAGUUCUUUUACGACUCUGGUGAACUGCUUGGAGGUCUUGUGAAGGGUCCUACCCUGGAUAGCACUACAUAUGGGGCGUCAGCAGGCUGCCCUGUUCUGAGGAACACAGGGUAGCAUUACAACAAAUUUGUUAUGUGAUGUUUCUGCAGUAUGGGGUUGAAAUUAAGAGCACAGUUUCACAAACAAUAGGCAGCUAAAGAUCUUUAAGCACUUUGGUUUCUUGAAAUUCCCUUUUUAUGCUAGAAGUGCAGAUCUCUUGCUGGCUGCAUGUUCUAAUAUCUGUGUGUGCUCUGUGGAAAAAGACAUAAAUGUAUUUGACCUUGUUCUAGAGAAAAACAUGAAUCUGUUUGACCGAA